AUAGUGUAAACUCCAACUACAACAUGAAUGAGAACAGCAAGAUAACAUAAACUAAAAUAUCUGCGUACAGAGUGGGAAAAGGCAGAAACAAAGUAAUUCAGAAUGGGGUCAACGCGAGACUUGGAGACAGAGAAAAGUGAUUCAGAAGAAGCAGUGAGAGGUAAAGGAACAUGGAAGCAAGCAGCGUUCCAUGUUGCCACCACCAUUGCCACCCCUGCUGCUUAUGCCCCUUUGCCCUUCGCUAUUGCUUCUCUCGGUUGGCCUCUUGGUGUGAGUAGUCUGGUGAGUGCAACACUAGCUACCUGGUACUCUAGCUUUUUGAUCGCUUCUCUGUGGAAAUGGAACGGGGAGAAGCACUUUACCUACAGACAUCUGGCACAUAGUAUUUUCGGAUUGUGGGGGUACUGGUCUAUUGCCAUUUUUCAGCAGGUAGCUUCUCUGGGUAAUAACAUUGCCAUUCAAAUUGCAGCUGGCAGCAGCCUUAAGGCAGUUUACAAGCACUAUCAUGAUAAUGGAACAUUGACCCUGCAGCAUUUUAUUAUUUUCUUUGGAAUCUUUGAACUACUUCUCUCCCAGCUCCCGGAUAUUCACUCACUGAGAUGGGUAAAUGCACUCUGUACUUUCAGCACAAUAGGCUUUGCUGGUACAACCAUUGGUGUUACCAUUUACAAUGGGAAGAAGAUUGAUAGGACUUCAGUAAGUUAUAGUUUGCACGGUAGCUCUGCUUCUAAGUUCUUCAAAGCCUUCAAUGCGCUUGGGACCAUUGCCUUUUCAUUUGGUGAUGCAAUGCUUCCAGAAAUACAGAAUACGGUGAGAGAACCUGCUAAGAGGAAUAUGUACAAAAGCAUAUCAGCAGCAUAUACUGUCAUUGUAUUGACUUACUGGCAAUUGGCCUUUUCUGGAUACUGGGCAUUUGGAUCAGAAGUCCAACCUUAUAUUUUAGCUUCACUGUCUAUUCCAAAAUGGACUGUUGUUAUGGCAAAUUUGUUUGCAGCAAUUCAAAUAUGUGGAUGCUUUCAGAUAUACUGCAGGCCAACAUAUGCCUAUUUUGAGGAAGGAACAGGGUUCAAGUCUAACAAAAGUAGUAGCUAUUUUCCCUUCAGAAAUCGCCUGACACGACUUAUAUUUACUUCCAUAUACAUGGUUCUUGUUACUCUUAUUGCUGCCGCAAUGCCCUUCUUUGGAGAUUUUGUGUCCAUCUGUGGGGCAAUUGGGUUUACUCCAUUGGACUUUGUGUUCCCUGCUUUAGCAUACCUCAAGGCUGGAAAAACGCCCAAUAAUUCCAAACUUGGCCCUUUCCUGCGACCAUUAAAUAUUUUAAUAGCUACCUGGUUUUCAUUAGUUGCUGUCUUGGGUUGCAUUGGUGCAGUCAGAUUCAUAGUGGAAGAUAUCAAGAACUACAAGUUCUUCCAUGAUAUGUGAGGAUUGAGAAACAUCAUGGUUGGUGAUAAUUUCAUUAAAGUGGUGAAGAAGAGAUCAUGUACAGUAUUUUCUGGAGCUUUCUUGUCACCCUUUUACAUAUAGAAUUAAUUUUUCUCCUCUGAACUUUAGUCAUUGUCGUUAGAUAAUUGAAGCAUAACGCUUCACUAGUCAACAUCUUUUCAUGUCCCGACUUUAUAGAUGGAAGCAUUUUUUACAUAAAGUUAGCCUUUUAUUUAUAAAUACCAUAUUUUUUUUUAGGUAGUC